AUGGAACAUGCUUUGGCUGACAUACUUCGUGAAGAACGAAGAUUGGGUAACAAAGGAGAUGGUGGUUGGAAGACAGCUGCUUAUAAUUCUGCUGCAUCUAUAUUAUCUGCUCAAUUUGAUAUUCAUGUAACUGCUGAUAACAUUCAAAAUCGUGUGAAGUAUUGGAAAAAGUUCUAUGCAAUUGUGAGUGAUAUAGUAAGUCAAAGUGGAUUUAGUUGGGAUGCAACCAAAAAGAUGAUAAGUGCAGAUGAAGAUCAUGUCUGGCAAGAGUACGUGAAGUCACAUAGUGGCGCUAAAAGUUUUCGUUGGAAGGUCAUUCCAAAUUGGGAUGAUAUAGUGGAUUUGUGUGGCAAAGAUAAAGCCACGGGUGAGGGUGCUGAAACAGGUGUGGAAGCUGUUGAGAUUAUGACUCCUCCGCAUAAUGAAACUAAUCAUAUUGAUUUGGAUGGUGAUACGCAAGGUUUAGAAGAUAUUGAAAUUAUUAAUGAUAUAUCACCUACUUCAGCCAAUGUUUAG